UUCACGAUGGUAGAAUUAGCAGACCGCAAUUUUGCUUGUCUUGUCACUGUACGAGGUUUAUGAUUGUAAACAGUGACUCGUUUAAGCAAUUACUGUGAUUUUAAGCCGAUUUAACGCGUUUAGAAACGUUAUCAAAAUGGCAUCAUCGGGAGAAAGAUCGACGAAACGAGUAGCUUUAUGUUCUGCUUUAGCCGCUGGCUUUGCCUAUGUUGGCUAUUCUAUUAUGAAAAAUGCGUUUUGUAGACGACCCAAAAGCAAGGGAAAUCAAUAUGCACUUGAAAAGAGAAUAAACCAAGCUAUCCAAACUGAUUUGCCUCUAUACACUGCAGAAACUUUAGCAUUAUUACCUGAAUUAUAUGGUUCUCAUAAAUCGGUCAAAGAAAGAGUUAAGAUAUUAAAUGUUUAUGCUCAACAACACGGAAAUUUUCCUUUUGCUCCUCCUAAUUUCAAAACCAGAAGUUUGCAAAAUACUCCGUGGAGUUCGCCUCGAAUUCUUGGCACCACUAAUUCAAGAAAGUUUAUAAGUUAUUCUGCAGAGAACGUCAGUACAAUUUCACCUCCUGGCUCGCCACAGAAAAAUAACAAAGACAAAUUGUCACCAAACAAAGAUGAAGUUACCAAAGAUGAUAAUGAAGAAGAAAUCGAAACUUCUUCCGAUAAUGAUAAUAAUUUGUCGAUUAAAGAAGAAUCCGAGGUGAUCGUGUUAAGAAGACUUGAUAACUUAUUUAAUAGAGCGAGAGUCGUAACGCCGUACGAAGCAAAAAGUUUAGUAUCUCUUCUAAAUAAAAAAGAUGAUGAUAUCAUUGUCAGAACAUUAUCAACAAUAUCUAAUUGUUCUGCCUUUACAAUCAAUCAGGGAUACUUCUAUGAUGCUAAUUGUCAUUUGUCUCUGAGAGACUUACUUACCCAUCCAGAAUUAACAGUACAAAUAGCUGCAACACAGACGAUAUCAAAUCUUGCAGUUAAUGAGAGAGCUGAGUCAACAUUCCAGAACUGUAUUCCUAUAUUACUUCAUCAUGCAACAGGUAAAGAUGUAGAACUAUUAAGGACAAUAUCAUUAACAGCUCUUAGUAAUCUUGCUUUGUUUGAAAGCAAUCAUAGUUUAAUGGAAGGAAGCAUCCAAAAGUUAAUGGACAUUUUGGAAAAUGGCAGCAGUGAAGCUCAAUUACAAAUCAUGAAAUUGCUAGUGAAUUUAUCCACUAAUGCCUCCAUUGUUCCUUCUAUUUUAGCUUCAAAGGCACCAGUUAAACUAUACAAUUUUCUGGAUGAGAAAAGUAACUUUGACAUUUGCUUGCGUUUGCUAACACUUCUAGCCAAUGUUAUGACUGUUGCUUCUGAGCUUAAUCUUCAGAUAAGUGACCUUCCUAUGGAACAUAAGGCACCAUGUCCGGAAACAUUAUUCGUUCUUGUUUUUGGCUAUUUUGGUAGAGAAGUCUUAUUAAAAAAAGUCACUCUAUUAAAAAAUAGCAAAGAUCAAGAUAUAUAUCAGCAGUCAUCUAAAAUUUACGAUAUAAUUAUCAAGUUAUCAUGAGAAUAACAUUCUUAUAGGUUGCACUUUUUAUAAAUUAUUGUACAGUAUUAUUAAUUUUUAAAUAUUAUCAGAAUAAUUACUUUAUUUUAAGGUAAAAAAAAACAAUGGAAUAUAAAUUUAUUUUUAAGUAAAUCCUUAUUUGCAAAUGAUUAUCAAUUAUAUCUCUUGUUCAAGCAAAAAGUGAGUUUAAAAUAAUAACAUUUAAUAUGGAAUUACAAUAACAAUGUGCAAAUUGCUAUUGUAUAAUUACAAAAGCUUUGUAAUGACUGCAAUAGCAACAUAACAAUUGAUAAAAUUCAUUAAUAGUGAUGCUCGUAUUAAUACCUAGCUAGUGAUUUUUACAAUUUACUGCCCUACAAUUUUUUAAUUGUUAUCUUGAUAGAAUUAAUUGCUUCAAGAGCAGCUAUGACAAUAUACUAUAGUAACUUGCAGUCGUCUUCUUAUAAAAGCUUUUGCAAAUUUAAAGAAAGUUGAAAAAUGAAAUGUUUAAUGAAUAUUUUUAUUCCUGGCACUCUCAUAAAAAGUUGAAGUAAACACAAUGUGGAAAUUGUUGUAGCUAUUCUAGUUGUUACAAUGAAAAUUAGACAAUAGUUUACAAUAGAAAAAAUUAUUUCUUCAUUCUUUGCAAAGAAUUUUAAACUAAAAUUUUACCAAUAUUUUGAUUUUUUGGUAUUCAAAUUAGUAGGAAUUUGUGAAUAUGGCACAUUAGAGAUAGGUUUUAUUUCAUGCUACAUGUAGGUUUCUAUAAAAGUUGGUAUUUCAAACAAAUGAAAGUUAAUUAUAUUUCAUUUUUAGAAAAAAUAUGAGUAAAUUGAUAGGAUUAUUAUUAAAUUAAUAGGUUAACUUUGGUUUUAAUUACAGAUUUGA